GUUUCUUCUCUUGCAGGUAAUAUAAUUGGCUCUGGUAUAUUUGUGUCACCUAAGGGAGUACUGGAAAAUGCCGGUUCAGUGGGAUUGGCCCUCAUCGUCUGGAUUGUUACAGGCAUUAUCACUGCAGUAGGAGCUCUGUGUUAUGCUGAGCUUGGAGUCACCAUCCCAAAGUCUGGAGGAGACUAUUCAUAUGUUAAAGAUAUCUUUGGAGGUCUUGCAGGGUUCCUCCGACUUUGGAUUGCUGUUUUAGUGAUUUAUCCCACAAAUCAAGCAGUUAUUGCACUGACAUUUUCCAACUAUGUACUACAACCUCUUUUUCCAACGUGUUUUGCCCCUGAAUCUGGACUUCGACUCUUGGCAGGUGUCUGUUUAUGUGAGUAA